AUGAGGAGGAGGAGGAGGAGGAGGAGGAGGAGGAGGAGGAGGAGGAGGAGGAGGAGGAGGAGGAGGAGGAGGAGGAGGAGGAUGAGGAGGAGGAGGAGGAGGAGGAGGAGGAGGAGGAGGAGGAGGAGGGAGGAGGAGGAGGAGGAGGAGGAGGAUGAGGAGGAGGAGGAGGAGGAGGAGGAGGAGGAGGAGGAGGAGGAGGAGGAGGAGGAGGAGGAUGAGGAGGAGGAGGAGGAGGAGGAGGAGGAGGAGGAGGAGGAGGAGGAGGAGGAGGAGGAGGAGGAGGAUGAGGAGGAGGAGGAGGAGGAGGAGGAGGAGGAGGAGGAGGAGGAGGAGGAGGAGGAGGAGGAGGAUGAGGAGGAGGAGGAGGAGGAGGAGGAGGAGGAGGAGGAGGAGGAGGAGGAGGCGGAGGAGGAGGAGGAGGAGGAGGAGGAGGAAGAUGAGGAGGAGGAGGAAGAUGAGGAGGAAGAUGGGGAGGAAGAUGAGGAGGAAGAUGAGGAGGAAGAUGAGGAGGAAGAUGAGGAGGAAGAUGGGGAGGAAGAUGAGGAGGAAGAUGAGGAGGAAGAUGAGGAGGAAGAUGAGGAGGAAGAUGGGGAGGAAGAUGAGGAGGAAGUUGAGGGGAAGAUGAGGAGGAAGAUGGGGAGGAAGAUGAGGAGGAAGAUGAGGAGGAAGAUGAGGAGGAAGAUGAGGAGGAAGAUGGGGAGGAAGAUGAGGAGGAAGAUGAGGAGGAAGAUGAGGAGGAAGAUGAGGGGACUCUGA